CCGUUUGUUUCAUUGACUGUGUUACUCCUUGUGACUUUUCAUUUCAUUAUUUAUUUAUUUGGAUUCUUGUCACUAGCUUGUGAUCGUUUGCUUAUUUCUACUUAAUUCCUUAACCGUGUUAAUAAUUCUUCCACAGUCAUUCAAACAGUCGUCAUAUACUAAUGAGCUCCUUGCCGAACGCUACAUACUUGUCAGUAACCCCAAAUCUGCUGGGCGGUGAAAGAGUGCAUCGACACAGAAGAUCCGCCGCCAUUUCCGGUGAUUUUGACAAUUUUGGUCUCGGACUCUUUUCUCCUUCGAGUAAACCAAAUAACAAAGACGAUGAUACGGAUGCACAUUUUAACUUUAAUAAUGAUGAUGACUUUGCUAAGAGUGUCUCCGACUUCCUGUUCCCGAACAGCAAGAAUUAUGACAACUUUAUGGUGUCAACCCCUCCAAGAUAUUUUAAUUCAAAUGGAAGGAAGAACUUGCAUUCACCAAUCAAACUUAACCAAAAGAGAGCCUUCAAUAAGAAGAGCAGUAAUAGCAACUUGAACUCAAAUCACCCAAAUACACCAAAGACUAAAUUCUUUUUGACAGAAGAAACCAACUUAAAUAAUGAUAAUGUACCGGAUGCAGUUAUCGAUUUAGAUGAGGUUCUUAAUGCUAACUUGCAUAUAGGAGAUUACAUUCACCGAUGUCAAAAGGAGAAAGAUGAUGUCUUUUUCGAUGACGAAUACUUAUCUUCACCAUUCCUCAAGCCCUUGUCGUCAUCACCUUACACAUUUUCACCUUCCAUCAGUUUACCAAACACUACCCUUUUGCAACAACCAAUUCAAGAAAACAUUAACGACGACAUAGAAAAUAGUCAUGAUGAUGAUGCCGUGAUAGGUAUUGAUGAAAAUGAAGUUCUUUACAAUCCACCAAACAUUGCUGGUGAGGUAUAUUCUAAUAGCUCGACUAAUUCUUCGUGCUCAAGCUUGAAAAGGCAACUGGUGGAGAAGAUUAUGUCCAAUUCUUCUCGAGAUUCCAAUACUUCUCCCCCAAUUGUAAAUCACAAUAUUGUCAACUCGACUCCAAAAAGAUCGGGAGCAAAGGCGAAUAGAUACCAAUCAUUUUACGACCAAUCUUUCAAAUUAUCAAAUGCAUUGAAAUCUUCUGAGAGCGUCAAUUUGACUAAACCCAACUCCCCCAAGCAUGUCAAUAUGACAUUAUACAUGUCUUCAAAUAAUUCAUCUACCUUGCAUACUCCUCCACAUCAACCUCAAUCUCAGCCUCAAGGAUUAAGUCAAGCAUUCGGCCAGCCAAAGUUCUAUAAAGAGAGUCUGAGACUUUUGGCUCACUCUUCAAGUUUACCAGUUCUACAAUCUCAAAGGGGAAUGCCUAAAUACCAAAGACAUGGAGAACUCCGAACAAGGUAUAUUGAGAUCAACAAAUUAUCUCCGCCCCCCAGCAUUCAGAGUGCUACUUCUGGUAGUCCUACAAGUUCUCCUAGUAAAGGAACACUUCCAAAAUUCAUUCAGAAGGAUAACAGAAUCGAAAUAUCAGUAACUUCUCCGCAACAACAAACCACUUCCAAUAGUCCAAUCAGCAUAAUUUCAGACACUAACUCGACCAUGACAUCAAACAUAAGUACUGUUCAGUCAACAGAUCAUUCUUCUUUUGUAUCAGAUUCCAAGGAAAGAGAGAAAGAGAGGGCACUUCAAACACCUCCAAUGAUUGUUGUUUCCAAUGAAAAGGAUUCUAACGAUAUUGAGACUGUUCGUAAUUCACCUGUAUUUAUGUCGUCUGGUUCCAAACCACUGUCUCCAACGAAGCGGACACCCAGAAGACCCCUUACCCCAAAUGAACAGAAGGUAAUACAGGAAACAAGAAUUCCUCCGUUCAAAGCCAAUAUGCACCAAAAAAGUGCAAAAAAGCCUCUGGAAUUUAAAGUGCCGGCUCCUAAACGAAUUAAUGACCAUCUGAAGUCUAAGUCUUUGUCAAUGGUAUUGACAGACUUGGCUCCAAAGUUGUCAAAAUCGACAUCUACCCUCGGAGAUGAUUCCUCCAUUAAGUCUAAUAAAUCCAGUAAACUUAUUAGCUGGUUUCGAAGAAAAUAGUGUAUAUUUUGAUGGAAGUGAUAGUGCACCAAUAAUAUUUAAUAUCUCCCACUAUAGAAAGCGGUUGGCUUGUAAACUACGUAAUGCUGUCUCUCGAUGAGUAUGGGGAUAGGUGGUGUCUUUCAUGAUUGCGUUAAUAUGGGUUUUCAAAUAUGACAUGCAAGGCAGGUAUGCAUGAUAUUUCAGCAAAGAAGGUUGUUAGUUAAAAACAAGUACUUCCUACAAAUGAUACUUCUAUGUUGAAGCAUUUAUCCAUCUAAAAAUAGAAACGAGUUAAUGUGGAGCACAAUGGCCCAUUGACUCUUAAAAUGGACUCUAGGUAUUUUUGUUUUCUUGGAUUCCUUGGAUAGUUUUAUAUGGGAUUUUUGCUCAUUCACUGAGAAAUCGUUCUAAAAUUAUAUAUUCCAAAAAAAGUUGACUGCAAAUAACCUUCAAAGCUUUUCCCGCGUUUUAUCGCCCGUUACUUGGAAAGCCUUUAAGCUAUCGAUUUCGUGCGCAUACUAACUUACAUUUGGAAAAGAAAAUUACGCGAUCUAUAUCUCCAUCAAUCAACUAUGUUUUACCCAUUACCAGAUGACUUUUUCAUUCAACUUAAGAACAAAUAUGAUGAGGCGGUUGCCAAUAACUUCUUGAACUUCAAUGGAGAUUCAGUAAAGAAUGAAAGUUUGAAGGUCACUCUUGGAGAUGACAGCAACCUGGUGACAAUAGACUUACAAUACAGCACCAUUCAUUCAUUAAUGCUCAGGCCAGAAAAAGGUGAUUUCAAGAAGAAUCCUUUUGAAGAUCCAGAGCCAGAAUUAACCAUAAUAGAGGAUUUUGGGGCACAAAAUCAAUUCAGAAUUGUUUAUAAUAAAUUCCCUGUUGUUCCGAGACACAUCAUGUUGUUGACCAAAGAAUUCAAAUCCCAAACAACACCAUUAUCACCUGACGAAUUGAUCGGCACAUUCUCUAUUUUAAAGAAACUUAGUGAAGACAAGGAAAAUCAAUGGUUUGGAUUCUAUAACUGUGGUGAAGCAAGUGGGGCAUCUCAACCUCAUAAACAUGUCCAAUUUAUGACGCUUCCAAAAGACUUUACCCCUUUCCCACUACUUGCAGUCGAAAAUUCUGAUUCUUUUAUCCCCACGACAAAGAGAGAACCAUUACAACUUCCUGAACUUCCAAUGGCUCAUUUUAUAGCCAAAUUACCUCCAAAACUUGACGACUUAGACGAAGAGAGUUUGGUGUUAUACUUCUCGUCUCUUUUGCAACGGGCUCUAACUGUAUUGAGAGAAAAUGAUGCCAAGUCCAUUUCGUAUAAUGUUAUAAUGACCACAUCAUUCAUGAUGGUGGUUCCAAGAUCUCAUGGCAAGUAUGAAGAUUUGGGCAUUAACUCAUGUGGAAUCCUUGGGUUAUUCUUGUUCAAGAGCGACGAUCUACUUGCAAGAGUCAAAGAGAGUACCCCACAGAAGGUCUGGCAAGAUGUUGGAUUCCCGAAUACUUUUGGUCAGCCUUCCGAUGAAUAUCAUUAUUAGACAGAGAAUAUAUAAAUAUCAUUUUGCUCUCGCUCUAAUGACCUGCCUAUUUUGGAAGUCAAGCUUGAACCAAUGAAAACCUUGUAAAUUCGCAUUAAACAUUAGAACCACU